AUGCUGCAGCGGCUGCGCCAUGCCGUGGGCUGGGGGCUGCCGGCGCCCCCGCCCGGCACUCGAGUGGACUUCCAGGUGUGCGCGCCGCUGGGCCACGGCCAGACGUUGUGGCUCGUGGGCGACCUGCCGGCCCUGGGCGGCUCCGUGGACGUGGUGCCCAACACGGGCGGCGCCGGCGCCGAGGCCGGCCUGCAGCUCGUGACCACGCCCGACCUGUACCCGAUCUGGUACAACCUGGAGCCGGUGCUGGCGCCCGCGGGCUCCGUGGUGCGCUACCGCUACGCCGUGUGCUCGGGCAGCCGCUUCCUGCGCUACGAAGGCUCGGCCGAGUCGGGCCCCGUCACCAGAGAGCUCUCGGUGGGCGUGGGCUACGUGCAGACGCAGGACACGAUGGACGCGCGGCCGCGCCGCCGCUCCUCGCUCUGCAGCGAGGACGACACCACAGGCACGGCCACUAUCGUGACGGGCAGCACAGACGCAGCAGCGGCCGCGGCCGACCAGGCCGACAACGCCAGCGACGACGAGGAUGUCCCGGCCCCCGCGUUCUGGGGCGUGAUCCCGCGUCUGAGCUCGGGCCAGGCCUUUGUGGACCGCAGGGCCAAUGGAACUGAGGACGGAGCAGGCACGCUGCAUCGCAGCAACAGUCGGCGGCCACCGGGAUCGGGCCGCUUGUUGACGGAUGACAUGCCGACUUUGAAUCCGCCCCCGAGUUCUCCGCGACAGACAGCGACGAAUGUGACGAUGGAAGCAACCGACGGCGUUAUUAUCGCCGUCCACAGACUGCCGGUGCUUGUGCACAGGACCCCGGAAGGCCACUACCAUAUUGAAUGGGAGGACGACAACCUGAUUUGCCCGUCCGGACUGCUGAAGGACUCGUAUCGCGAGGCCAACUGGGACAGGGUAAGUUCGAUGCGGCUAACGUGGGUCGGAACCGUGCACUGCGCGGAGCCUAUUCCCAAGGAAGACGAGGAGCGCCUGGCCAAGCAGCUUGAGGAUUUCCACUGCGUCCCUGUGUUCCUGUCUGAACCGCUGGGCUCGACGUUCCACAACUUCUGCUACGGCACGCUCUGGCCUGUGUUCCACAAUAUUGUGGAUGUUUACGGUGCGUUGCCCACGCGCUGGUGGAAUCCUGGCCAGCAGCGCAACGCCUGGGCCAGCUACAAGACGGUGAACCGAAUUUUCGUGAACAAGGUGAUCGAGGUGUACAACGAGGGCGAUCUGGUGUGGGUUCACGGACUACACCUGCUCGUCGCGCCGAGUUUCCUGACGCGCCGGCUGCCCUGUGUUAACGUGGGUAUUUUCUUGCAUACUCCGUUCCCGAGUUCGGAGAUUUUCCGGACACUGUCGAUGCGUGCGGACUUGCUGCGUGGUGUAUUGGCUGCGGAUCACAUUGGUUUCCAUCUGUACGAGCAUGCGCGUCACUUCCUGACGAGCUGUCGCCGCAUCCUCGGACUCAAGUAUAGCGCGCAGCCGGGUGGUUACAUUGGCGUCGAGUACAAUGGCCGCAUGGUCAUGCUGACCAUAAGCCAUAUUGGUAUUGAGCCAUCAUUUAUGGAUCGAAUUAACGCUAGUGCCCAGGUGGAGCAGGAUGCGGCAGUGCUUGCAGCAAAGUACAAGAGCAGCGAGCGCAAGGUGUUUGUGAGUGUUGACCGCGUGGAGCGACUGAAGGGUAUUCUGCUGAAGCUUGGUGCUAUCGAGUUCUUUUUGGCCCAGCAUCCGCAGUACGUGGAUAAGGUGCAGUUUGUACAGAUCGGUAUCUGGGAUACCUCCAAUCCGACACCGGAGAAGGACAGCGUUCGGGCGGAGAUCUUGGCACAUAUGAAGCGGAUUAAUGAUCGUUUCUGUGGGAGCCGCAAUGAACCGAUCUUUGCGUAUUCGGACGUGGAAAACACGGACAUGGCCUCUAGACUACCGCUUUGGCGUGUGGGCCAUGUGCUCCUCACUACGUGUGUACGCGAUGCUGUCAACCUCUACCCAUUCGAGUUUAUUUACGCGCACGAGCUGGCCCAGUCGCCCGGCGUUGUGAUCGUGUCAGAGUUUUCGGGAAGCAGCCGCGUGCUCACGGGCAGCGUUGCUGUUAACCCCUGGAAACGCGAGGAGAUUCUCCAGGCUAUGGAACUCGCGUUGACUAUGUCGGACGAGGAACGGAUUGCGCGUCACAGGAAAGAUCUGGAAUACAUCACGACGAAUUCUCGCACGAAGUGGGCGGAGCGUAUUCUCGUGGACCUAAAGCGGACAAAGAAGCAAACCGCGGAGGGCGAGUACAUGGGCUACGGUCUUGGUUUGGGCUUCCGUAUGUUGGAGUUCAACGCCGGUUUUAAGAUGCUGGAAACUGACGUCGUGGCGAAGGCUUACCGCGAGACUUUCCGUCGCGUUAUCUUCUUCGACUAUGGCAACACGCUUACGCUCGAGGAAUCCGCUGGAACGCACAAUUUCUCGAAGUAUAUCACUGGCAACGAGCAGAACGCAUUUGUGUCCAAGACAGAAACCCCGAAGGCAUCGUCGGAUCUUCUCGCGUCCUUGACUCUAUUGUGUGCGGACCCGCGCAACACAGUAUUUGUACUAAGCGGAAAGGAGCGUGCGGAUCUGGAGAAGACUCUGGGCUCAGUGCGUGGCUUGGGGCUGGCUGCUGAGCACGGUUACCUGUAUAAAUGGGGCACUGGCACAAACACUAACACUGGCAGUGCCGCGGCACCGCCGUCAAGUAGCAGCAGCUCUAACAGUUUGGUGAGUGACGUGGAGGAAGGUGUGUGGUUGUGCACGAAGGACAACUUUGACGACUCGUGGAAGGAUGUGACGCACGCCGUCAUGGAUAUUUAUACGCAGCGCACGCACGGCACGUACAUCGAACUGAAGGGCAGUGCAUUACUGUGGCAGUACCGUGAUGCUGACCCGGAGUUCGGCCAGCUGCAGGCGAAGGAGUUGCACGACCAGCUCUUGCAAGUGUUGGAGCAUUUCCAGGUGGAGGUUGUGACUGGCACGGACUACCUUGAAGUGCGUCCGGAGGGAGUUGACAAGGGUGUGAUUGUGGACCGCGUAAUGUCCACGAUCGAGUCUACGAGUGGCCAGUAUGUCGACUUCAUCUUGUGUAUGGGCGAUGACCUGUCGGACGAGUUCAUGUUCCAGUACUUGGAGGAUGCUCGCAGCCGUCCAAACAUGUUCACGGUGACGGUGGGCAAGAAGCCCAGCGCAGCAAAAUACUUCGUCAACGAUGUGGAUCAGGUGAUGGAGAUUGUGCACGCGAUGACCAAGGUUUCGACCGCUGCUAAGCGCAACUUCUCCAUGAACGAUUUGCGGCUAUUCGAUCGCAAUGUUACGAGCAGUGGCGGACUUCUGUCGUUCCAGAGACAAGAGGCUGGAUUCAACCGGCCGUCGGGUAACCUGGGCUACAUGAGCGACGGCAGCUUCGAAGGAAUGAAGUCGUCCCCUUUCGAGAGUUUGGCAGAGGGCGACGAGUCUACAACAGAGGAGACGCCACAGUCCAGCACAACAAACUCGUUGGCAGGUCGUGGCAUUGCCGGUAGGGGGCUGGGCGGCAUGGGAGGCGGCUUAGGUGUGCGCAACUCGAUGUCCAUGAGCUCGUUGUCCACGGCGGGGAUGCCCUCGCUGCAUCCGACGUCGUCCACCUACGAGCAGUAUCUCAGCAACGUUGACGAGACUGCGGAGGAAGAGGAAGGCGGCAUUUUCUUCUAA